CUUGUUAAGACAUACAUCACUUGAUUCACAACACCUUCCUCCAGUCUCUAACCAUCUCAAUUUCACAAUGUCUGCAGACAAGAAGAUCAACGUUGGUGUCAUUGGCUACGGCUUGAGUGCAAAGGUCUUCCACAUUCCUUUCAUUCAGGCUCUUCCGGACUUCAAUCUCUAUGCCAUUGUACAACGUAGCCCCAAAUCUGGUGACGAUGCUUCGGCCGACCACCCUUCAAUCAAGCUUUUCCGCAGUGCGGAUGAUCUUUUCGCCGACGAAACAGUAGAUUUGGUCAUUGUCACCAGCAUCCCGGAAACACACUACGAAUUCACCCAGAAGGCUCUCGAGAGCGGCAAGCACGUUGUCGUGGAAAAGCCUUUCGUCCCGACAUCAAAGGAAGCCAGAGAACUAGUAAAAUUGGCCAAGGAGAAGAAGCGCUUGUUGGCAGUCUACCAAAACAGACGAUGGGACCAGGACUUUGUCACUUUGAAGCAAAUCUUGGCUUCGGGAAAGCUGGGUGACAUUGCCGAGUUCGAGACACAUUUCGAUCGCUUCCGUCCUGACCCUCCUACUCGCACAACAUGGAAGACCCUGGCCAGUCCGGCCAGCGGUGCACUUUACGACCUGGGAAGUCAUUUGCUGGACCAAGUUUACCACCUGUUUGGAGCUCCCAAAACCGUCACAGGCUUCGUCCAAGUGCAACGAAAGGGCCUCAAGACUGGCGACUGUGCCCCAGAUGCAUGCACAGUAUUGCUUCGUUACGGAUCUCCCGAAGAUGAGAUGCUGGUUACAGUCAAGAGCUCUGCCAUCAGUCCAGAGCAAGAGCAAUUGAGAUUCUGGGUUCGCGGAACCAAGGGCUCGUUCAGAAAGUGCCAUUUGGAUGUUCAGGAACCUCAACUUCUUGGUGGUGUCAAGCUUGAUAGCCCUGAGUUUGGUGUUGAGCCUUCGUCUUCUCACGGUACUCUGACUGUCGCUUCCGCAGACGGAAAGUUCAACCGCGAAACCGUUGCUUCCAUCGAGCCUCCACCAACUUACGUCGAGUACUACCGCACUCUUGCCAAGGCUUUGAAGGGUGAGGGAGAUGUUCCAGUCAGUGGAGAUGAUGCUGCCGAUGUGUUGAAGAUCAUCGAGCUUGCUCAGACCUCGUCGGACACUGGAAACUCGCAAGCGUGGUAACUACCUAGUUGAUGAGAAUAUGCAUAAUACAAUUCAUGUUCAUUUGUAGCUC